AUGUUCUUCUCACUGUCUACCCUGGCCCUGCUCGCGGCUACCGCAGCUUCUAUGCCCUUCUCUCCAUCUGCCACAACUGCCGGCAAGAAUGGACUCGAGCAAAACAGCCAUCUCAGGCCCAACUCCACCGUCGCUAAGCGCUGGACUUGCAACACAUCGGCGACCUUGACCACGGGUGAAUCCGACAAUGGAGGCGCAGGUGUGACAAUCAAGAACGCUGAUAGCCAAAAGCGUGGCUACUACAUCUACCACAACAACUGCGAUACCAUGCCUUACAAAUACAUCUGGAUUGAUGCAGGAGAGACAAAGUUCGUUUCUUUCCCCGCCCAGUUUCAGGGUCGCAUCACUCGCGGCACCGACGAGUACAACUUGAAAUCUGCACAAUGGCUGGGAACCUGGUUCGAGAUUGGUUACGACGCAAGCGGGAUCGCCUAUUCCGACGUCAGCCUCAUCCGGGGAUGCGACGGCGCUGUCUCAAUCUCCGCUCUCGAUGGAACGGGCGUUUCUAUAGGAUUCACUCAGUCGAUCCUCGACGGUGCACCAACUGGUGCCUACGCCACAAAAAGUAACGGACAAAAGGUACUCGCAGCCAGCGAGAACUUGGAUGGCUCCAUCAACACCGCAGUGCGCGAUUGGUACAUCUCCGAGGUCGGCAUCACCAAUGCUUACGUCGACGACUACCAUGGUGAUCCCGUCAUCCGAUCCAGCAACGGCCGCUUCGCAACUACCUGGGAGGCAGGCCGUCCUUAGAUGUUGAGUAACAGACUCACUUGAAUGACUUGAACGACUUGGACGAAUGGAACCAGACCCCUCACUCGUGGUUCCUUGAUAUAUGAACAGUAAAAAAUAGAAAAUACAAAUUGAUAGAAAUAGAAAUAGAACCACAAUCUUUCUCGACCCCCUGCCAUGAUAUGACACGUUACAUUACGAUUGGUCCAUUGUACAAGAAGAGACGAGCACGAAGCAUAGUCUCCUAUUGUCUUAUCCAGUCAUGUUGCUAUUUAUUCUAUGCUCUCUGUUUGCAGUUUGUUCUGGUUCAGUGAUGAGAACGCUAUGGAAGUUUAAAAUCAACUAUUGGGUUCAGUGGCUUACUACGUUCUCUGAAUUUCAUUUUGACGAGUAACCGAUUAGCUAUAAGUGGUACGCCAAGACCUGGAUCUAUGGCUUGUCUAUGAAGUUCAAAUAUUGCACCAGUGAGU